AUGACUGUUCUAAGCACUUUGGCCCCGGUGCCGGCAGAUGAGAUCUUCGCAUUGAACCGCGCCUACGCCAACGACGACUACCCGAAAAAAGUCAGUCUCGGUGUGGGUGUCUACCGUACAGAUGAUGGCAAGCCAUGGCCGCUGCCCGUCGUUCGUGAGGCAGAGAAGCGCCUACUGGCCGAGGACAACCUAUUCAGACACGAAUACACCGCUAUCGAAGGCGACAUCCCCUUCCUCGAGCUGGCUCGAGACCUGAUGUUCGGCUUCGAUGCGAAAGACACCUCCGACAAGGUUAAGUCGACCAAGGGCCGCAUUGGCUCUGUCCAGGCCGUCGCAGGUACCGGCGCCAACCACCUUGGUGCUCUCUUCCUCUCACACCUCAUGAAGCCCAAGAAUGUCUGGCUCUCCAACCCAUCCUGGGCCAACCAUCUGACCAUCUGGGAGCUCGCUGGCGUCCCCCGGAAGACCUACCCGUACUACAAGGCUGCCACUCGCUCCUUCGACUUUGAAGGCAUGAUGUCUACCCUCGAAGCUGAGGCCCAGCAAGGAGACGUCAUCCUCCUCCAUGCCUGCGCUCAUAACCCUACCGGUCUCGACCCCAACAAGGAGCAAUGGAAGGCUAUUGCCGACUUGUGCGAGCGCAAGAAGCUCUUCCCCUUCUUCGACUCCGCGUACCAGGGGUUCGCUUCUGGUUCGGCCGACGAGGACGCCUGGGCUGUCCGCUACUUCCUCAACGAGAAGCCUCAGAUGGAAAUGUGCGUUGCUCAGAGCUUCUCGAAGAACUUCGGUCUCUAUGGCCAGCGUGUCGGUGCAUUCCACUACGUCCUGAAUGACGGUGCCCAAAACCUCCGCGACAUCGUCGUCAACAACCUCUGUCACUUCAUCCGUGGAGAGUACUCCAUGGGUCCCACCGGUGGAUGCAGCAUCGUUAAGAAGGUCCUGACUGAUGAGGAGCUCACUGCUCAGUGGCAUGAAGAUCUGAAGGUCAUGAGCUCUCGUAUCAGAACCAUGAGACAGGCAUUGUACAAUGAGCUCAUCAAACUUGAGACCCCCGGAACAUGGAGACACAUCGUUGAACAGAACGGAAUGUUCUCCUACACCGGUCUCACCCCCUCUCAAGUCUACGCCUUGAAGGACAAGUAUCACAUCUACCUUCUCAAAUCUGGCAGAGCCUCCAUCAGCGGCCUGAGCGAGAAGAACGUCACAUACGUAGCUCAGGCUAUCAACGACGUUGUCCGCAACGUCAACUAA